AUGGCAGAAAACGCAUCAGCUACACCAUCCGCAUCUGGAGAUGCUCCGCCAGCACUUACCGAAAUGACCAGCAAAGAUUAUUAUUUCGAUUCUUAUGCGCACUUUGGAAUUCAUGAGGAGAUGCUGAAAGACGAAGUUAGGACUGUUACAUAUCGCAACUCAAUAUACCACAACAAACAUUUGUUCAAAGACAAGAUCGUUAUGGAUGUUGGAUCAGGAACUGGCAUCCUCUCCAUGUUCGCUGCCCGUGCUGGUGCUAAGAAAGUGUUUGCU